AUGGCUAUCUCACGACUCCUCCUCCUCUCCUUCCUCGCUGUCUCUUCCAUCUUAGCCGACAGCCUUCCCAGCUCCUUUCCACAUGUAUACCCUGGUAAACCCAUCGGCGACUACAGUCCCGCAUGGCAGAAGUACUUCCAAGUUACCUCCCCACUUCCAAAUAUCACAUUUCCUUUACCGCGGAGCUUUGCUGGCAACAUCGGGGUGCAGCGCGCGGGCCACCCCAAUAACACGCUCUUCUUCUGGGGCCUCGAGAAAAAACCGGGGUCCCUAACCGCACUAAAGAGCAACGAUCCGUGGGGCAUCUGGUUGAAUGGAGGACCCGGAUCGUCCAGCAUGGUGGGGUUCUUCUUGGAGAACGGGCCCGUCCGAAUUGACCCAAACGGAAAAAUCUCCGCCAACAAGUUUUCCUGGGACACGGUUGCCGACUACUUCUGGAUUGAUCAGCCAGUUGGUACUGGCUUCUCGACAGCAGACGCAGCUGGCUACAUUGCUGACGAGGACCAAAUGGGUGCAGACUUUAUGGGCUUUUUGGCCAAUCUUGUCAAAGUUUUCCCUAGUUUGGCUACCCGCCCUCUCCAUCUUACCGGAGAAAGCUACGCCGGAGUAUAUAUACCCUAUAUUAUGAAGGCCCGUCUUUCAGCAUACUUCUCGAUGGCAAAGCCACCGGUUCAGAUUGCCAAAGUUGUAAUUGGUGACGGUGCAAUCACCACUGCCGAAGUCUUUGAACUCCUUCCAACCCUGAACGUAAUCGAGACAUACCCACAGCUCAUCGGUUACGACCCCGAGGUAUACAAGUACUUCAAAGAGCAGUAUGGUCGUCCUUCUUCACUUGCACCAGUUUCUGAGGUCGUUAAUAGGGAACACCUCUGCGGAUUCGACAUCAAUCUAACUUAUCCACAAAAUGGUGUGAUCCCAAGCGUCAAAUUUAUCGGUGCAACGGACCGGGAUGUCCCAUACCUCCAACGCGCGGCUAUGAAGAACCUGGCGAAACGUGGUGGCCUCAUGGCUGAAAUUCAUCGGCGGUAUGCCGAGCUGGAACCCAAGCAACGCCAACAGACCAAGCGUGACCUGAGCUUACGUGCAAAUGGGACUCUCGAUCCAUGGUAUGGUUGUGCACUCCUCCCGGAAUUCAUCGACUAUGCAUUAAACUACUCGGCACCGUGGAAUUUCACUGGAGAUGCCUUUAACGUUUAUGAUAUUACGGACCCAUUUGGCUCGCCUGGCCUUUCGGGUACCUUUCUUAAUGACCCGCGCACACGAGCAGCGCUCCAUGCGCCAACGAGCAAGGACUGGGAACAAUCUUUCGAGUUCGUAUUCGGUGACCUCGAGGAUGAUCCCAGCCCACCACCCAUGAAUUUCUUGACUGAAUUUGCCACGAACGCCACGAAACAUAAAGUUUCCGUUAUCUUGUACUCAGGAAACGACGAUGCGCUUAUAGCUCACCGGGGGACCGAAGUUACUAUUCAGAACACCACUUUUGGUGGCAUCCAAGGCUUUACCAGAAAGCCCUCUACUGUCUGGCGCGACGACAGCGGCAAGCCUGCGGGAAUCGUGCAUCAAGAACGCGGCUGGUCCUACGUUCUUUUCAAUAACACUGGCCAUCUCAUACCCGCCAAAACUCCAGCGGCCGCUUUGACGUUUGCCCGUGAAUUUGUGUUUGGGAACAACCCGACCGGCACUGUGUCGUCAGCCAACAUCGCGGCAGUGGGCGGGGAGACGGCGGAGCUGAUUGGAGCUUAUCAAAACGUGAUUCCGGGCUCGGACGGGAUCGUCUAUCAAAACGCGGCCGGCGACAAGACUUCGACUUUCGUUUACCCGUCUGCUACCAUUGCGGCGUGGAAUACCUUCAUCCGUGGGCAGACGCGCCCACCUCCUGCUGCACCGCCUGCAAAGAAUGCUCAUAGCACUUCUUCUUCUCCAUCAUCAGCAUCACAACAUACCGUAUCUUGGAUCGGAAUUUUGGUCGCGUUGGGAAGCCUGUGGCUUCUCUAA